AUGUCAGUCGAAGGACUCAAGAAGCGGAAGAGAGAUGGCGAGGCCAAAACAAAGAAGAAGGUCUCGAUACAAGAGCCGUCACGACAAUUGGGAGCAUCGGAAAUCCGCAUCACCAGUGUUGUGCAGCCUCAAUUCGCAGCACCAGUAAUCGCGACAACACCCGGACUUUGCGUCCCCGACGAGCUCCAGUUCGACAGCUUCACAAAAAAAUCGUCAAAACCGUCGAAGCGGCAACGAACAACGGGCCCGUCGGCCGAGAUGUUGCUGCACACGUCUAGCCACCGUUCCGUCGACUUUACGGCCAAGGAGGACAAGGUUGUCGGUGCCGACUCAUCUCUGCAGCAUUACAUUGGCAUCUACGACCCGACCACCGGACAGCUCGAGGUGGUGAACGCAAAGAAGAUGGAGAUAAGGGGUAACGUGCGGGCCCGGGACGCUACGGACGACCAGAUGAAGGGUGUGCCCCUUCGCAAGACCAACUUGGACUUGAAGAACGACCUCGGCCAGACGUUCGGUACGAAAAAGGCGAAGAAGGCUAUCCAGUCGGUGGCUGAGAACGCCAUUGGCAGCCGGAGACGCAACGCCGACGGAUCGUGGAUCACAGAAGAGCUGAACGCUGGCGACCGCGUGUUGAUGCAGGACAUGGCCAAUUUCACGUCGACAAUGGCCACACGCGACGAGCUGCAGGCUGUUGUUGACAAGGCGAAACCGGUGCCCCGGGGCAACUACGAGGCCGAGGAGAUCCAAGACGUGUACGUGCCGAGCCAGAUUGUGGGUGCCGACGUGCUGGCGUCCAUUCCUGUCCGCGACUGGCAGCAGUUGGCCAAGAACGGCGAAGCAAUCGACGUCUUCUCGCGGUUUGUCGCACAACGUGUGGCAACCGUUGCCGCUCGCGACGACGCCCUCGACCACCUUCGCUUGCUGCGGUACAUGUACUGGAUCAUCCUGUACAUCCAGGCGGCACGCCCUGGCAAGGAGCGCGGUACCAAGCGCCAGCUGCCCCGUGACAAGCUCAAAGAGAUGAUGGACGGUGCGCCAGACACCAUCAUCCAGCACAUCCGACAGCGGUUCUCCGACAAUGGCACGAUCCGCAAAUUCCACAACGACCUGCUGAUGACGCACUGCUGCGUGUUUGCAUGCAUCCUCGACAACUAUGAGGUUGACACACUGGAUCUGCGGGAGGACCUUAAGGUCGAGCAGAAGCAGAUGUCGCAGUACUUUUCUGAAAUUGGUGCCCGCAUCAAGCCUGUCAAGGAGGGCGACAAGACCAAGAUCAUUGCGAAGCUGAAGCUUCCGCUGCAGUUCCCGAGAAGCGUGCGGCAGCGGGCGAGAAAGUAG